AUGUCAGUUAGUGAGAUCUCCUUCAAUUUCGAUGAUGAUGUCAUUGAGCUAGAUGGAAACCAUCAGAAUAAAUCAAUGGCUGCCUAUUCGAAGAGUGACAAGAAACAGAACAAAGAGAAACUGAAGCAUAUUCAAUCUUCAAUGCAAACUUAAAAUAACACAAAAUAACAAAUGACCAAAGACCUCCUGUUUCUCUUGAAAUUCGAGUAGCACAUGCUGAGUUCAAUCAACAGUCUCCAUCAGAGGAUCAUGAGGUCUCUCGAAAGUGAAAUAGGUGACACCUGA